AGGACAAUAACCUCAUGCAGUCUGCAGUGCUAAGCAAAAAUGGCUGUGUAUUUUCAUUGAAUACUUUAUGUGCAUCCUCCAAUCGCCAUCCCCAUUUAUUCAAUUACUAUGCAGACUCGUCGAUUUCAGAUAUGAUCAAGCAGUUAUCUUCAAGCCCUUGUCUCUUUGUUGCCGUCCCAAUUUUUAAUUUCCCAAACCCCCAUUAUAAACCACCCAUCACUAAUCAUUCUUGCCAAUAUCAUCAAACUCGGUUCCCCAAUUUUCUAUUUCAAGAAGAAACGGAGAGACCAGUUGUCACCACUGUUGAAGUUGCAACCUUUAUCAAUUUUUUUUCUUGUUGGGUGCUUCUAGUUUUAUUAAAUUUUGAGCUAUGAAGAGGUAUAGGAAUAGGCAAAUUUGGGAAUUUGAGCAUGAAUUAAACAUGAUGGCUGCUGCUUCUUAUAGUGUUGGAGGUAGGAUUUUGAAUGGUGGGGUUUAUGGCAGGAAAGUGAUAUUGGGGAUAGAUGGUGGGACGGCGUCGACUGUUUGCAUAUGUAUGUCGUUGACUCCGUUUGAUCAGCAGCUGCCUGAUCCUCUGCCGGUUCUUGCUCGUGCCGUCGCUGGUUGUUCCAAUCACAACAGUGUUGGAGAAUCUGCAGCUAGAGAGACUUUAGAGAAAGUUAUGGCUGAUGCUCUUGCAGAGUCAAGAUCUACUCGUGCUUCUGUUCAAGCCGUCUGUCUUUCAGCUUCUGGUGUCGACCACCCAAAGGACCAGCAUCGCAUACUUACUUGGCUAAGAGAAAUAUUCCCCAUGCAUGUUAGGUUGUUUGUUGAGAAUGAUGCCGUGGCUGCUUUGUCAAGUGGGACGAUGGGGAAGCUUCAUGGAUGCGUCCUCAUAGCGGGUACAGGCACCAUUGCUUACGGGUUCACUGAAGAUGGAAGAGAAGCUCGGGCUGCCGGUGCUGGACCUGUUUUAGGCGACUGGGGAAGUGCAUAUGGUAUAUCUGCACAGGCGUUGACAGCUGUAAUUAGAGCUUACGACAGCCGUGGUCCGCAGACAACACUUACACAAAGCAUUCUAGAAAAACUGAAUCUCUCUUCUCCAGAUGAACUCAUAGGGUGGACGUAUUCAGAUCCAUCGUGGGCUCGAAUCGCAGCCCUGCUUCCCAUCGUGGUUUCUUGUGCAGAUGCAGGCGAUCUUGCAGCUACAAACAUCUUAUUUGAUGCUGUUCAUGAACUGGCUUCGAGUGUGAAAGCUGUUGUAGCAAGAUUAGAGCUCUGUGGUGAAGAUGGCAAGGAUUCUUUCCCCCUCGUGAUGGUUGGUGGCGUACUUGAGGCCAACAAGAGGUGGGACAUUGGCAACGAGGUCAUAAACUGCAUAUCCAAGGACUUCCCCGGUGUUCUCCCUAUUCGCCCCAAGGUAGGCAUGAUCUUGUUGUUGCUCUUCAUUUAUCUAUACAUGCUCGUUAACCUCUCUAGAAAAACGCGAUCUCAUUGUUGCUGCAUAUUCUUUUUUGCAUGCUAAAUACGUGCUUGUUUCUUCAUUUUCCACUACAAAACACUAGCUUGAGCCUGCAGUUGGAGCUGCAUUGCUUGCUUGGAGCUCCCUGAUGAGACAAUGUCAUCAGGAAGCAUCAACAAGUUGACAGUGCAAGGACACCUUACCAGUAUAGCAACGGGGCAGAGAGCUCGCGCAAAGAAGCAUGCUGCCCUAUGCUUUUGUUUUUCUUUUUUUUAGUAAGCAUAGGCAGCGAGUGAUGGGAAUACUUGCAAGGAUAAAGUUGGAAGCAAAUUUUGGUUCUCUUAUUUAUGUUGUGUGUAUAGUGAAUUAGUUGUUUUAAAAGUCCGUUCAAUCCAAGUGCGCUUGUUAUUGUCGGUUGAUGUGAUAA